GGUGCGGUGUCCGGGCGUCACGACAUCGUGUCGUGUCAUAUCGUCACGUACGGCUGUGCUGUGAGCGGUGACGUCACGUCCUAUUGCCGUGGUGGGCCGCUGUGUUGUGGCGUGACGUCACAGCGUGCGUCACAGCCUUACGUGAUCACAGAAGUUGGGGAUUCCUGUCAGUUUAGGAAGAAACUCUUGAGAUUUCAAUUCACCAUCAACCUUCCUCAGAGUCACUCAUGCCUGGAUGUAUUUGGGCUCAUCCUUCCCAAAUUGGCUUCUUCUUCAAGCCUUUCAGUGUUUGGUGCUGCCUUCCUCAGCUGAGGGAAGGCAUCAGAGAGGAACAAAUCCAGUUAAAACUUGAGGAAGCCAAAGAAGUUCAGAGCCUCAGAAAGCGGCCCAAUGGGGUGAGUGCUGUAGCUCUGCUGGUGGGAGAGAAGCUGCAAGAAGAAGCCACACUUGUGGAUGACCCAUUUAAGAUAAAAUCUGGGGGAAUGGUGGACAUGAAGAAGCUGAAAGAAAGAGGCAAGGACAGGAUUAGUGAAGAGGAAGAUCUGAACUUGGGAACUUCCUUCUCAGCAGAAACCAACAGGCGGGAUGAAGAUGCUGACAUGAUGAAGUACAUUGAAACUGAGCUGAAGAAGAGAAAGGGAAUUGUGGAGAAUGAGGAGCAGAAGGUGAAGCUUAAGAAUGCUGAGGACUCUCUGUACGAGCUGCCAGAGAACAUCCGUGUCUCCUCUGCCAAGAAGACUGAGGAGAUGUUGUCCAACCAGAUGCUGAGUGGCAUUCCUGAAGUGGACCUGGGAAUCGAUGCAAAAAUAAAAAACAUCAUCUCAACUGAAGAGGCCAAGGCCAAGCUUCUGGCAGAGCAGCAGAACAAAAAGAAAGACAGCGAAACUUCCUUUGUUCCCACCAACAUGGCUGUUAAUUAUGUCCAGCACAACAGAUUUUAUCAUGAGGAGCUGAACGCACCAGUGCGGAGGAACAAGGAGGAGCCAAAGCCCCGUCCGCUGAGAGUGGGGGACACGGAGAGGCCAGAGCCUGAGCGGUCUCCUCCAAAUCGCAAACGUCCCCUCAAUGAAAAAGCCACGGAUGAUUAUCAUUAUGAGAAGUUCAAGAAGAUGAACAGGCGAUACUGAUGAAUGUGGACUGAAGCCUCUGGAGUUGUUCCUAUUUUCCACCAAUAAAGGAUUUUGUGUCAGUGACCUGCGAUGGAUGUUGGGAAGAGUCACCACUUUCAGAUGCUAAAGUUACCUAUGAACCUCUUCCUGUGUGAUCUUGUAGCGAAUCAGUUUGCAGGUGAUUGUGAACUCUUUGGUUGGUGUAACUUUGUAUGUAAAUAUGUUCUUAUAAAUGAAGUUUUUUAAUGGGAAAUGAGCAUUCAUGGUUGACAAUUUUUAGUGGGAAAACAAAGUGGCUUUUAUAGAUUUUUCUUUUCACCAUCUUAAUACUUAAAGAGAUCCUUUAAAAGCAGCAAUGUUGUUUGCUUUGUAAAUGUAAAGCUCUUGGGAGCUUGUCUUCUUGUCCACAUGUCUUCCACAGAAGUGCAGUGUGGGUACUUGUAGUGAAGAUUUGUAACUUGAAAAUAGUAAAAGUGGUUUUUAAGUUA